UCUCUCUCUCUCUCUCUCUUCCUCACUCUCUUUGUUUGUAUCUAUACCAUACUCAACACUUUCUUUAUAGACUCCCUCUUCUUCUUCUUGGGUCCUGUUUUACAAUGAAAAUGCCAUCUUUGAUAAAACCCAGACUCUAAUUUGAUGAGAUUUUCUUGGGUUUUCCAAGGCAUCUUGAGGUGCUCCAAUGGCAGACAGCUUUGACUGUGCCAACUCAAACCUUCUUUGUGCAGAAAACUCAGAUACCUGCUUUGAUGAUCUUAAUUCUAAUACCAUAGAUGACUUGGGGCUGUUCCCUUCAAUGCCCCAUAAAAUCGAUAAUACCCACAAUCAAGACCCCAGUUUUAAUCAUAAUAGAUCCAAAUCUAUGAUAGAUUUUCCGUUACAGAGUGAAGAAGGGGUUAGUUCAAUGGUUAAGAGGGAGAGUGAGCAUUUUCCCAGAGACGAUUACCUCAAGAGACUGCGCAAUGGGGACUUGGACUUGAGCAGUAGAAGAGAGGCCCUUGAUUGGAUUUCGAAGGCUCAUGCUCAUUACAGUUUUGGACCAUUGAGUGUUUGUCUAUCUAUGAACUACUUGGAUCGCUUCCUUUCACUUUAUGAAUUGCCUAGAGGUAAAGCCUGGGCCGUGCAAUUGCUAGCUGUGGCUUGUUUAUCAAUAGCAGCCAAGGUGGAGGAGACUACUGUACCUCAGUCUGUGGAUUUACAGGUUGGAGAUCCCAAGUUUGUGUUUGAAGCUAAAACUAUACUAAGAAUGGAGCUUCUUGUGAUGAGCACUCUAAAGUGGAGAAUGCAAGCUUGUACUCCCUACUCUUUCAUUGACUACUUCCUCAGCAAGAUAAGUGAUGAUCAACAUCCGUCAACAUCAUCUAUCUGUAGAUCAGAACAACUCAUAUUGAGCACAAUAAGAGGUAUUGACUUCUUGGAAUUCAGGCCUUCUGAAAUUGCUGCAGCAGUGGCAAUUUGUAUUUCAGGAGAAACACAAGCAGUAGACAUUGAUAAGGCCUUUUCUUGUUUCAUGCAUGUAGACAAGGUAAGAGUGUUGAAGUGUCUUGAACUGAUCAAAGAUUUGUCAUUGAUCAGUGGUUCUGCUAAUAGGGGAAGCGCCUCUGCUUCAUCUGUACCCCAAAGUCCGGUUGGGGUGUUGGAUGCUGCAUGCUUGAGCUAUAAAAGUGAUGAAUUUACAGUUGGGUCAUGUGCAAAUUCUUCACAUAAAAGUCCAGACAUUAAGAGGAGGAAACCAGACAAUCCGUCUAAAAUGGACUCCAAGUCAUGAGAUGUGAAUUUUUCUCCUUCACAGGCUAUCCAAUCAGUUUGGUUGAAUGGGAGUUUUGGUGUGGUUUUGGAGGUUCCUUAUAGUAAGUAACACAGAGGUGAGAGAUAGUGAGAGAGAGAGGGAUGAAUAAAGCAAUUUGGAAAAAAAUAUCCAGGGGUCUCAUGCUUCUAGCAUGAAAGUAAAGUCACCAGCUGUUUAUAAUCAGACUACUCAACAGCCAUAGAUUUUAAAAGUGGUGAUGAUCCAGAGGUGCACAGCAUUUUGAAAGAUAUGAUCCAGUGGUGAUUGGGGAAAAUACAGUUUUUUGUUGUAGCUACCAGUUCAAUGAGAAAGGGAUCUGGAACUAUAUAUAGCUGAAAAAUAUGUUCAA